GUCACGUCGAAGAACAAUACAAUCAGCUGUUCGUUUAUCGAAUCCGCAAAAACAAUCUAACCAAAGCUGUCAUUGUCGACAGGGACAGGCAAAGACCAGUGAAAUGUCAUUCCUCUUUGAUUGGCUCUACAGAGGCUUUAGUGGUGUGCUACAGUUUUUAGGGUUGUACAAAAAAUCUGGAAAGUUGGUUUUCCUGGGGUUGGAUAAUGCUGGUAAAACAACCCUUCUGCAUAUGCUGAAAGAUGAUAGACUUGGACAGCAUGUGCCCACGUUGCAUCCAACAUCGGAAGAGUUGACGAUAGCUGGAAUGACAUUCACCACGUUUGAUCUGGGCGGCCACGUACAAGCUAGAAGAGUUUGGAAGAACUACCUGCCGGCUAUCAAUGGAGUUGUCUUUCUGGUUGACUGUGCCGACCACGACCGCCUUACAGAAUCCAAGAUCGAACUUGAUGCUCUGUUAGCAGAUGAGACCAUCCUCUCUGUGCCUGUGCUGGUCCUGGGUAACAAGAUAGACCGUCCUGAAGCCAUCAGUGAAGGGGGACUGAGAGAGGCGUUUGUUCUCGAUGGACAAUGCACGGGAAAGGGUAACGUGUCGUUGAAGGAUCUGCAGGCACGGCCUCUGGAGAUUUUCAUGUGCAGUGUCCUGAAGAAGCAGGGCUAUGGAGACGGCUUCAGGUGGCUGGCACAAUACAUCGACUGACAUCUAGGCAGCGCUUCUCUUACCAAACGGACUCCCAUCUUUCUGGGGGGAAUGAAGGAGAUAA